CCCUCCCCUUCGCUCCCUUGACCCUGCCUGAACAAUGUCCGAUACCGAGGGCACGAAAAAGACGGGUUACCGUCUCGACUACGCCUCCAGUGGGCGCUCGAAGUGUAAAGGUCCCAAGCCAUGCAAUGGCACGGCGAUUGGCAAGGGCGAACUCCGCUUUGGCUCCCUGGUUGACUUCCGGGGAAAUACCAGCUUUGCAUACCGUCACUGGGGCUGUGUGACCUCCAAAAUCCUCAGCAACAUGAAGAACUCGUUCGAUGAGGCGGAAGAGCUGGACGGCUUCGAAGACCUUAACGACGAGGACCAAGAGCGGGUCAAGAAGGCUUGGGCAGAAGGCCACGUCGCUCCCGAGGAUAUCCCCGAGUCGGCGCGCAAAGCUGACGGCGAAGCCAGCGAGGAGGAAGAGGAGGACAAGCCAAAGAAGAAGGCCGGCAAGAAGAAGGAAGAGGAGGACACUGGCGUCAGCGUCUUCAAGUUCGAGUACGCGUCGUCCGGACGGUCCAAGUGCAAGGACUGCUCGGAGAACAUUGGCAAGGACUACUUCCGGUUUGGCCAAGAAGUGGACUUCCGUGGCAACAAGAGCUACGGAUGGAGGCACUGGGGCUGUGCAGACGCGAAGCUCGUCGAGAGGCUCAAGGCCUCGUACGAGGAACCGGCGAAAGUCCCCGGGUGGGACGACCUGAAGGACGGUGAGAAGGAGAAGGUCCAGCGCGCCUGGGAGGAGGGAGCGAUCCCCGCCGACGACAAGGGCGUCGGCGAGCCCGUCGACACGGGAAAGAAGAAGGCGGCGCCCCGCAAGAAGAAGGACGCGGACGGGGAGGCGAAGCCUAAGAAGCCGCGCGCGCCCAGGAAGAAGAAGGUUGAAGACGAGGAUGACGAGAUGGACGAGGAUGAUGAGGAAGAGGAGGAGAAGCCGAAGAAGGCAAAUGCGAAGGCUGCUCCCAAGGCGAAGGCAGCGCCCAAGGCAAAGCCUGCGCCUAAGAAGGCCGCCGCGAAGAAAAAGAAGGAAGAGUCCGAGUCGGGCGAGGACUUCAACGACGAGCUCGCCGCCGUCGACGAGGAGGAAAUCGACGAGGACGAGGAGCCGGAGGAGAACUCCAAGAAGCGCAAGCGCGCCCCUGCCUCCAAGGGCGCCGCGAAGCCUCCCUCUAAGCGGGCAAAGCCUGCCUCCUCAGCGAAGCCUCCAUCCAAGGCCAAGCCCGCCUCUUCUCGCGGCAAGAAGAAGGCAGAGGAGCCCAUCGAGGAGGCGGACGAGGACGACUACGAUUGAUCGCCCUACGUCAUAGCUCGUCUGCAGUAGCCCCCUGCCGAUCCCUGCGGCGUGUACAGCUAGCGUUCUGUUGCUUGCCUGCUUGUUUCUGUCCGUCUCUGCGCUGCGUCGUCGUCUAGUCGCCUUGCUUUCUGUCUGACUCUUGUGGACCGUGUCCCCCGUGUUAUUCUACUACUCCUCAGCACAUGUGUAUUCGACAAUGCUGCUAUACUACGACGUCUGUUAUCCGCGAAAUGAAAUUGUUCACACUGGA